AUGGAUGUGCGUGAUAUUGAGAAAGGUGAGUAUGAUCAGAAACAGAGAAACAAACAGUAUAAAGAACAACAAACUGCUGAAAGGGAGCGUAAAGAGGUUACACGUCAAGAUGAGAGACUGGAUGAACAGCAAACACUUAAAGAUCGUAUAGCUAAUGCUCCACUGAAAGCAGAAGCACUGAAAGCCGAAAAUACAGCGAAGCGAGAUGUGGAAACCGAUAAAACUUUAACUAUGGUAGACGCCACUCCAGAUACGGAAAUUGUGUCUGAUGAAACUGGAAUUUUUAAUACAGCAGGUAAUAUGAAUGCUGAGGAAGUUGAUACGAAGGAGGUGGUGCAACUACAUCAGCCUUUUACUGAUGGCCUUGUAUCUACAGUAUCUGCUAUUGAUGGUGAUGUCAAUAUGGAAUAUGGUGAUCCCGAUGGUAGUGUUUACAGUCAUAACAGUUUACGUAGAUCAUCUAGUCCCCCUACUCUGGAACACUUACACCGACCUA